AUGGACUUCUCCAAUGCCAGAAUCGACGGCAUAGAUCUCACCUCGCUCCUCGAAGAUCUGGAAAUCGACGGCGCAAACGACGACGUCGCGAGCGCAGACGGCUAUUUUGCGAGCCGCGCCGGCAGCAGCGGCCCCAGAAACGCCACCGCAAUCAUGUCCCGAGCCGCGACCGUGUCUAGUCCAGCUUCAGUGGUCCCCAUCACUUCGGUGACUUACUCUCCAUCAUACGACGAUGGCGACGACGAUUCUCUCCAUUUCGGCACUCCUACUCGGAGCGACUCGAAGCCUCGACGGAGUUUCACGCUGGACCGUCCGACGGUCGCGAGUCGCGAUCAUCGUGGUAGUACCACCAGUGACGCGGCCGCAGCCGCCGCAGCAGCAUCGGCGGCGGCAGCAGCAUCAUCGCCCACGGCCAGAAAUGCAGCCGCCUCGUCGACGGCUCGAAGCGUCUUUUCGUACCAUUCCCCGCUUCACGCGGCGGGCGGCGGGGCGCGAAACAGCACCCCGAGUCGGCUUCAAGUUGACGUCACUCCUCCGAACUCGGGGUUCCUGGGGAGUCCGUCUCUCAUCCAACCGCACGUGCUGCAUUCCUCUCAGAGCAUUUCGGAGAAUCCUCACAGCCAACUUGGAAGCGAAACGAUGCAUUCGUCGCGAAGCGACUCCGCGGUUGCCUCCUCGGCGUCAUCUGGACAGAGCAAAUACGGCAUGCAGAGUGGUGGGAGCUCGUUCGGCUCCACAUGCAGCGACGGAAGUUCGAGCAUUGCGACUCCUGCGACUGCCGUGACUCCUGCGAAUGGUGGUGCUUUUCCAGCGCAAAAACUUGUCCCAGGAGUGGUGUUUUCGAGCUUAUUGCACCUGACUCAGCAGGAUUCUUGUUCGGACGCGUUCAACGCAGCUGGAGUCACAGCAACUGGAUCGUCGCAUGGAUCGUCGCCUACAGUGUCAUCAAGAUCCCUGUCUGGAGCAUCCCCUGACUCAGCAGAUCCCGGCACCAUGAUUCCUCGCCAUUCCAGCUUGACUGCGAUCUCCAAUUCCUCUGCUGCUCGUCACAACCGGAGCAACACGGGCAGCCCGAAAACAAUUUUCAGAUACGUUUUACAACCAGGGCAGGCGCCGCCAGGUUCUAUCAGUCAGAUCAAGAGGAAUGGGCAGGAGGCGAGCAGCAGUACGGGCAACGGUUUGGAAAGCAUGGGAAAAGGGGCGGUGGUGGUGCAGGAGAAAGAAAGGUCUGAAGAGCCUCCGUUGAAGGAAGGUGGUGGUGGGUGUGCGUGGGCGUCUGUUGAUGGUUCGGCUAAAGGAGCUCAAACGAAGCUGAGGGUGAGAGCUGGAGCUAAUCCCGCUGCUGUGGAGGCUUAUUUGAAGAUGAAAUCCCAGCGAGCAGGGCGAAGGUAG